GAGUACUCCUACCGCUGUCAGUCAGUCACUAACUUCAGAUACCCCCUCCUGGUACCACGCACCUCCAAAGAUCCUGCUAACCAGUGGAGGGUCUCAUUCACUGACUUCCAGAUCCAGGGCUUCAACGUGGCAGGGGGAGAGUUCUCCUAUGCCAGUGACUGUGCAGGGUUCUUCAGUCCUGGUAUCUGGAUGGGACUUCUCACCAGUCUACUGAUGGUCCUGGUCCUAACCUACGGCCUCCAUAUGAUCAUGCAGCUCCACACCAUGGACCGCUUUGAUGACCCCAAGGGACCUGCUAUCUCCGUACCACAGACUGACUAACACACACACACACACACACACACACACACACACACACACACACA